AUGUCUGACACCAUCGGUGCUCCCCGGAAUCAUCUAUGCCUGCCACCUAAAUUCUCCGGCUGGUCUCGAAACCUUAACAGCCCCGUGCAGCAAGAACCUCCUUUAUUGGGAUCCGCCCCGGAUCCGAUCGCCGAGGAGCGGGCUCAAACCAAUCGCCGCAGAAGUCGACGUCGCCGUAAGAGAAAAUUGCCGUUGCACGAUGACCCUCAAGUCCGCAUCGCAAUGUACGUAGCCAUGGCUCACGCCGGCCUCGCCUUGUCCCUCGCCGUUCUAUACGGCGUCACCAAGCUCCUCCAGAACUAUUGGCGCCCCAUUCUUUGGGCCAUCCUCUGCUCCAUCCCUCUCCGCGAGCUUCACACUGCCCUCGUCUCCUUCUGGUCUCAUUCCCUCAAUCUCGGCCUCCUCCACGCUCUACUCGCCAUUCCCUUGUCCGCCCUUAACGUCACCUGCUCUUCUCUGAUCGAUUCUCAUGCCGCCCUGCUUCGCCUCCUCCGCUACCCUUCCCCUUUGCCCCAGAGCAAAUUCGGAUUCUCCAAGCUCAUGCAAUGGCUUAUCUCUUUUGGGCUUUUUAUUGUUCUUUACGAAAGAAUUGGUUCUUUCUCUGUUCCCGCCUUCUUAAUCCCUUGCUCCCUAUAUGCAUCUGGUUUCGGUAAGGUCAAGAUGAGAAAGUUAACUUCCAUUUCAAGUAUAAAGUUUCGGAGUGGUCAUAAUAGUUCAUUUGGUUCCAAAAUUAGUAGUUGCCUGACUUCGAUCAUGCUUAAUAGGUUGAAAACGAUAGUGGGGAUUGGAUUAAUAAUGUUCAUGAUCGUGGGAACUGUUUUCGGUCUUGUUUUCUUUUCUUAUAAAAUUGCACUAGAGGGGAAAGACGCAGUGAUCUCAUUGAAGGUGCAUCUGCACAAGAACGAUUAUGCAGAGAGAAUUGGUGUCAAGAAAUGGAUGGACGAGAACCAUAUACCUGAAUUGAUUGAUUCUUAUGCCACCAAAGUUUCUGAAACUUUGCUGCAGAAUAUUGAUUCAUUGGCCGCGUAUUAUAACGUCACGGAAAUUGUUCAUGGCGUGAGGAAUUACCUAAUUAGUCACUCACAAGGUUCUGUUAAAUCCAGUGUUCCAGUCCAAGCUAACGUUAGACCAGUGUCUCAGAAGCUUUCUUAUAUUCAGUCAAGGGUAAGAAAUGGACAGUGGAAGAAUAUCUACAGCGACAUUGACGGGUUAUUUAGGGAAUUGGCGUCUUUAAUUGCCAGGGAAGGCUUGAUGGGGGAGCUUAAAGCACUUUUACGGGAGAGUUUGGAUGUGUCCAAAAGAUUGCUGACUUGCGGUGCCAAUAUAUUGUUGUACAUGGCCGUCUCCAUAGUCUCUGGAGCUGCAGGGUUGGUGAAUUUCAUAUCUGAACUAACGGUGUUCUUAUGGCUUUUGUACUAUUUGAUGACUUCAGAGUCUGGGGGAGUGAUGGACCAUGUUUUAGAUAUGGUGCCAAUAUCGAAAUCCACCCGGGUCCAGUGUGCUCAGGUUCUUGAUCAUGCAGUGAGUAGCGUGUUAUUGGCUACUGCUAAGCUCACAUGGUUUCAAGGAUGUUUAACAUACCUAUUGUUUAGAUUCUAUCACAUUCAUUUUCUGUAUACUUCAACAUCUCUUUCCCUCAUGAGUGCUAUUUUACCCAUCACACCAGCCCCUUUGCUUGCAACAAUCCCAGCGGCUGCACAGCUAGCCAUGGAAAAAAGGUACAUCGAAGCGAUUCUAUUAACAAUCAUGCAUCAGAUACUGUUGGAAUAUGGAACACAAGCUAUCCAAGAUGAGAUACCUGGGCACAAUGCCUAUUUGACCGGCCUUAGCAUACUUGGGGGCAUUGCUGUUUUCCCCUCUGCUUUGGAGGUGACUCUGCUAUGGAGCGAUAAUGGGUCCUCUGCUGAUGACAGUGAUGAUCGCUUUAAAAGGUUAUAUGCGGAAUUUGUUCUUGGAAGCACCCAUGAAACUGCACGGUGA